GGCGCCAGCGGCAUCGGCGCGGGUUGCAUCAGACGAGGCGCUCCGCCACGGCCGCGCAGCCGGCUCCGUGUUGGCCGAACGGACGCAAGAUGCUGCUGACAGCACCCCGGCUGCUGCGGACCAUCUGCACCACGGCUGCGGCUUAUCAACAUAAGCUAAAGCUAGCUCUUAUAGGUCAAAGUAUUUUUGGACAAGAAGUUUACAACAAGCUGAGAAAAGAAGGACAUAAGGUUGUGGGUGUAUUCACUGUGCCUGACAAGAAUGGACAAGCUGAUCCUUUGGCACUGGCAGCCGAGAAGGAUGGUACACCUGUUUUUAAGUUCCCCAAAUGGAGAGCUAAAGGCAAGCCUAUCCAGGAAGUAGUUGCAGCCUACAAAUCAGUUGGAGCAGAGUUAAAUGUCCUUCCAUUCUGUACACAGUUUAUCCCCAUGGAUGUUAUUGACUGCCCAAAACAUGGCUCUAUUAUUUACCAUCCAUCCAUCCUCCCACGCCACCGGGGAGCUUCUGCAAUAAACUGGACUUUAAUUCAAGGAGAUAAGAAAGCAGGAUUUACUAUUUUUUGGGCUGAUGAUGGUUUGGACACUGGACCAAUACUUCUACAGCGAGAAUGUGAUGUUGGCCAAAAUGAUACUGUGGAUGACCUGUAUAACCGGUUUCUCUUCCCAGAAGGAAUAAAGGCUAUGGUGGAAGCUGUACAUCUAAUUGCUGAUGGUAAGGCCCCUCGUAUACCUCAGCCUAAAGAAGGGGCAACAUAUGAAGGGAUCCAGAAAAAGGAAAAUGCAGAGAUCUUCUGGGAACAACCUGCAGCAGCUUUGCACAAUUGGAUUCGAGGGCAUGAUAAAGUGCCUGGAGCAUGGACAACAAUAAAUGGACAGGUGGUUACUUUUUAUGGCUCAUCAUUACUUGAUGCUUCAGUGCCUGCUGGACAAGAGCUGACAAUAAAAGGUGCUUCAAGACCAGGACUUGUGACAAAGAAUGGUCUAGUAGUUUUUGGAAAUGAUGGGAAGAUGGUACUAGUGAGAAAUCUGCAGUUUGAGGAUGGAAAAAUGAUCCCUGCAUCUAAAUACUUCUCUGCUGAUGAAACAACUGCCCUGGAAUUUACAGAAAAGGAGAAAAAGAUUGCAGAAGAUAUCAGAGCUAUUUGGAAGGGAAUUUUAAGCAAUGUUGCUGCAAUUGAGGAUUCCACAGACUUCUUCAAAUCUGGAGCAUCCUCUAUGCAUGUUGUCAGAAUGCUAGAAGAGAUCAAACAGAAACAUUGUGGACUGCAGCUACAGAAUGAAGAUGUGUAUAUGGCCACUAAGUUUGCAGACUUUAUUCAGAUGGCUGUCAGAAAACUCAGAGGAGAAGACAAAGAAGAAGAGUUAGUCAUUGAUUAUGUUUCAAAAAAUAUGAACAACAUGACUGUGAAUAUGCCAUACCAAUGCUUCAUAAAUGGGAAAUUUAUAGAUGCUGAUGAUGGAAAAACAUAUGACACUAUAAAUCCAGCAGAUGGAUCAGUAAUAGCCAGUGUAUCUUCUGCCUCAGUGGCUGAUGUUGACAAGGCAGUGGCAGCAGCAAAGGAAGCUUUUGAAAAUGGUGAAUGGGGGAGGAUGAAUGCAAGGGAAAGAGGGCGACUCAUGUACAGACUUGCAGACCUGAUGGAAGAACAUCAAGAGGAGUUAGCUACAAUAGAGUCUAUUGACUCAGGAGCUGUCUACACUUUAGCUCUGAAGACUCAUAUUGGAAUGUCUGUGCAAACAUUCAGAUACUUUGCUGGAUGGUGUGACAAAAUUCAGGGUGCUACAAUUCCAAUUAACCAGGCCCGGCCAAACCAUAAUCUAACAUUCACCAAGAAAGAGCCAAUUGGUGUCUGUGCAAUUAUUAUCCCCUGGAAUUACCCACUGAUGAUGCUUGCAUGGAAGAGCGCAGCGUGCUUGGCUGCAGGCAAUACCCUUGUACUCAAACCAGCUCAGGUCACACCUCUGACUUCCUUGAAGUUUGCAGAACUCUCAGCUAAAGCUGGAUUUCCUAAGGGUGUUAUAAAUAUUCUGCCUGGUUCAGGUGGCUUAGUGGGACAGCACCUCUCUGAACAUCCAGAUGUUCGCAAAGUUGGAUUCACUGGUUCAACACCAACUGGUAAACAGAUCAUGAAGAGUGCAGCUGCUAACCUGAAGAAAGUUUCUCUGGAACUUGGUGGCAAAUCACCAUUGAUCAUAUUCAGUGACUGUGAACUUGACAGAGCCGUAAAAAUGGGUAUGGGAGCCGUGUAUUUCAACAAAGGAGAAAACUGCAUUGCAGCUGGCAGGCUGUUUGUGGAAGAAUCAAUUCAUGAUGAGUUUGUUAGAAAAGUGGUUGAAGAAAUAAAAAAGAUGAAAAUUGGUGACCCACUUGACAGAUCUACAGAUCAUGGUCCACAAAAUCACAAGGCACAUUUGGAAAAGCUGCUGCAAUACUGUGAAACUGGAGUAAAAGAAGGAGCUACUCUAGUGUAUGGAGGAAGACAAGUACAUAGACCAGGUUUCUUCAUGGAACCCACUGUAUUCACAGAUGUUGAAGACCAUAUGUAUAUCGCCCAGGAAGAAUCCUUUGGUCCUGUGAUGGUCAUCUCUAAAUUUAAAAAUGGGGAUGUCGAUGGAGUAUUGCAACGGGCAAAUGCCACAGAAUAUGGCUUAGCUUCAGGAGUUUUCACAAAAGACAUAAACAAAGCUCUGUACAUCAGUGAAAAGCUAGAAGCCGGGACAGUUUUUAUUAACACUUACAACAAAACUGAUGUGGCCGCGCCAUUUGGAGGAUUUAAGCUGUCUGGCUUUGGGAAAGAUUUAGGUGAAGAAGCUCUUCAUGAAUAUCUCAGAACCAAAGCCAUCACUGUAGAAUAUUAAAGUAACAGCUUCACUUUGGAAGCAGACUUUCAGCAGAGUUUGAAUCUCGAUUACCACACGAAGCGCUUGAUACCACAUCUAUGAUAUGCUGUCUGCAGUACUACAACCAAAAAAAAAAACAAAGUAAAAUACUCAUUCCAUGGAUAAAUUUCUAUAAAUUAGGUCCAGAUUUUAAUCUGACAGACAAUGGCUUUUGGAAAUCACCCUGAAGUUAUUUAAAUUAUGUAGCAGCAACUGUUGGUAGCACAAUUUCCUCUGUCAAACCCCCAGCAAAACCCCCCGAAGAAUAUGGUUCAGUUUAUGUUUUUUAAAUAGAACUGAAGAAUAAGUUCUCACACACCUACUUCAUAUUUCUGUGACAUAAUGUUUACAUGGUCAUUUUAAAUCCUUAGUCAUUAGGCUUUCAAAGUUGAAUAUACUGAUUAUGCCAUUUUUGCUAUAAACUAGUUCAGGUUUUAUGGUAGCAAUUAAACACUCUGCUCUGGUGACUUUUCAGCAGUACAGAAAACCUUUGUGCCAUAAGAAGUAAAUCAAUGCAAGGAAGUGCACUUACUAUGAUCUUUGUAUAGUACAUACAGAGUUCAAUAUUGGUGUUAAACUAUGCAUAUCAAGCUAAAGUUACUGAAAAUAUUUUCUACCUUUUUGUUGAUAGAGAAUGUGUGAUCUGCCUACAGUUUGAAAGGUGGUUACAUUAAUGGAUUAAAAUCACAUUUUGUGUCUGUGCACAUGGACUGUAA